UCGCCUAUUAUCACCCUGAUAUCGAUAGGCCGUGACCGAUUUUUCAGUGGCCCGACCUUUGCCUCUCAUUGUCCCACGCCGACAGACCAACAAUGGAGAAGAAGGGAAAGAUUGGGAUUAUUGGCAGUGGGCUAAUUGGUCGAAGCUGGGCUAUGCUCUUUGCUGGUGCUGGCUACCACAUCUCUCUCUUCGACAUCUUGCCUGCACAAGUCACUUCGGCCUUGGAAGACAUCAAGAAGCAGUUGGGGAGCUUGGAGAAGGAUGGUCUCCUCCGGGGGUCCCUAACAGCAGAGCAACAGUUCAAACUCAUCACUGGAUGCAGCGAGUUAGCUGGGUGUGUAGAGGGAGCCAAGCAUGUGCAGGAGUGCGUCCCAGAGAACCUGGACCUGAAGAAAAAGAUUUUCCAACAGCUAGACGAAUUGGUGUCAGAGGAGACCGUCCUCUCAAGCUCAACUAGUUGUUUACAGCCUUCAAAGUUCUCGGAAGAUUUAAAACACAGAAGUCAAGUCAUAGUUGCCCAUCCUGUCAAUCCACCUUAUUACGUUCCACUUGUCGAAUUGAUUCCUGCUCCUUGGACCAGUCCAGAUAUUUGCCCAAGGACACGUGCAUUAAUGGAGGAAAUCGGUCAAGCGCCAGUUGUCCUGAAUCGGGAGAUACCCGGAUUUGCUGUGAAUCGUAUCCAGUAUGCAAUAUUAAAUGAGUGCUGGAGGCUGGUAGAGGAUGGUGUGAUGAAUGUGAAAGAUGUUGAUACUGUGAUGUCCCAUGGCCUUGGACCCAGAUAUGCUUUUAUAGGGCCACUGGAGGUAGCUCAUCUUAAUGCAGAGGGUAUGGAGAACUACUGUGAAAGGUACUGGCAAAGUAUUCACUCAGUUAGUAACACGUUCGGUCCCGUACCAAAGAUGACCCCUGAGAAUGUUGUCAACACCACCAUCCACCCGCAGUUAUGUGACAUGGUACCGAUGGAGAAGAUGAUCGAGAGGAGGAAAUGGAGAGACGACUCACUAGCACGUCUGGCUAAACUGAAAAAGGAGCGAGCCAAAAAGGAGUGAAAAGGGCGUUAGCAGCCUUAUUAUUAAAGAUAGUUUUUUUUGGACAAUGGAAACUGAUGAGAAAUAGUGAUGAUACUGUUUUGAAUCUGUAUAGUCUGUCAGUUUGAUCUCUCUGUAGGCGACCUCUUCCUAAGGACAGCAUCGUUUUAAUCAAGGCUCCUCUAGGCCUACAUAUGAAUAGGUGCUAGAAUGUGGAUGUAUUAUUCCAAUCUUGUUACAACUACUGGUGCACACUGAGAUGUUACAUUUUAAAUUAUAACUCACACAACGUAGUGAGUGUAAUGGUUACGUGUAUGUAUAAAGUGUAAACAAAAUUCAUUUAUCCAUCAUGUCCAUCGAAUCUGAAAAAAUUUGUGCAGACCCAUGACAGUUCCGGUUCCGGUACAGUUUGUUGCAUUCCAUACGGGCCGCGCUUGCCGAUCCUGCUUUCACGACGCACCGCAACCACAGUUACCAUGAUUCCCGUUGUUGACCAAGGUUGUUGACGCAAUUAUUUCAUGACGUCAUGAGCCAUUGACCAAUCACGCAAGUAGAUUUAUUCACACCGGCGCCACUGUCUUGAAGUGUAUCUAAAAAUCGUCUGCUAGAACAUACAGGACAACAACGUCGGCGGAGACAGUUGUGACAUUUCAUUGCAGACGAAGUAAACGUCCUCUUCUUCUCGAUUUACGUACUUUACUUCAAAAAGUCAGUUUUAACACUACUGCACAAAUAUAGAGUGGUCUUAAAGUUCCAUUUGGAUAGAGAUUUGACGGACUGAUUUGGAAAUUCAUUCCAACCAUGCAACUGUUUCAGAAAUGAGAAAAAGCUUCUAGGUGUCAUGACAUGCAUGAUGUGUCUUGCCUCUGCAUUUUUGUACUCAGACAUGUCAGAGGGCUUUCAACUUUCAUAUCAUUGAAGAAAUAAUUCAUUCCAAUCUACAAGUAUAUCAAUCACAUCAUUUAUUUAAAAAUCGUCUGCUAGGACAUACAGGACAACGUCGGUGGAGGCAGUUGUGACAUUUCAAUUUUCAUUGCAUAGAGAUUUGACGGACUGAUUUGGAAAUUCAUUCCAACCAUGCAACUGUUUCAGAAAUGAGAAAAAGCUCCUGGGUGUCAUGACAUGCAUUCAAUUAUUAUUUCACCACAAAGAGCUGCUUCUGUCAGUAGAUAUGAGGCAGCUACCGGGGCGGGGACUAUUUCUUUAUCGGGCCUUAUUGUUCAGCGUCUCCAAGGAAUUCUAUUUUUAGAGUCCAAUGGGGGGGGGCUUCCCCCCAAUGUACUGACUAAAACCUGUCACUUUCAGAGAACGGGGGAGGGGGUUUGGGGGACUCAUCCCCCAAUGUACUGGCUAUAUAUGUCAGAAGGACAGUUGUGUGAGUUCACUAGAGAUUGCUCUUUACAUAUUAAGUGUUAUUGUUGUCAAAUUUAACUCCUUCACAGUCACAAGUGCAGAUUGUGAAUAAAGGUCAUUCUUCUUUGACUGUGUCUCUAUA